AUGGCCACUGCAGCUGCUUUCCAAGAUAUACCCCAUCCAGAGCAUCACGGCUAUAUGGACGGCAGCCGAUAUUCCAGACACCCAAGUCACAAGGCAAAUCUAUCGGGUGUAACGAUGCUGGACAUGCUCAAUGGCCCCGAAGGCUCCAUUGCCUCUGCCUAUCACACAGCAAAUUCACGACAUUCUUCCUCAAAGUCAACGCACCCCUCGCGCUCCUCGUCAACCAAGACUCAACUCCAGCAAACGAACCGCACACUCGUGGAAAUGGUCCACAAUUUCCAAUCCGAACUCGAGAUCCAGCGGAAAGCCAUGAUUGAGAUGCAAUUGCGGAUCCUCCAGCUCGAAGGCGCCUUGUACAGCAGAAACAUGGAGAGCGCGCAACGCGCAAAGCAGAACGCAGCAGCCCGCCAGGAGGAGGCGCAGCCCCCGAGUAAGAAGACGAUGGCGACGACAACGACGACGACUCGAAAACCAGAUGACAGAGCCCACCAGCAAUCAUGGAAUACGCACCAGACACACGCACACGAGCUCGAGUCUUCCCCCACCAAGCCUGAGUUUUGGAAGUCACCUACUCGCUUCUCCGGUUUCAACUUCAACUUCGACUUGCUUGAGACGGUUCCUCAGGCUCCAGUUGCUCCCCACCCCGUGUACGACGACGCCCCAGAAGUGUGUCAUAUAUCUCGGUCGACUCCCAAGCUGGUUCGAGACACGCGUAGCAAAGUGUCGCCACCGCCUGCUGCAAAUCGCACGGCGCCCACUCCGAAAACUAGUACGCCGCCGGCCGAGACAGGAGGCCGCACGAGCAUGUACCAUGAGGCUGUUAGUAACAUCAAGGAACAUGUGGUGGAGUUUGAAAAGGUCAAGAUGCCGUUUCCGCCUCUGUUGCACUCGCCGCCGCGAACUGCACGUGCCAGAUUGGUCCACACGACGAGCAGAGACGACGAGGGUCUGACUGCGUUGCCGCGAAUGCCGCCGCCACCGACGCCCGAGUCUGAGCCUGAGACCCCGCCGCGCGUGCGCAAGGGUAUCAAGAGUAUGUUGAUCUACAGGACCAUUUCAAAGAGCCUCAAGGCUGAUUCAACGUAUUCUCUUGAGCGACGCUCUAGCCGAUGA